AUUGAAGAGAAAAGUAAAUAAGACCGAAUCUUUAAGUAAUUUGAGAAACUUCAUAAGUAUGAUGUCGGACGACGAUUUUAAGAAUCAUGAAUGCAGUAACAUGUUUAGAUGCUUAAUGGCACUUAAACACUUGAGAGACUCCCUAAUAGUGUUUUGUGAAGAAAUUGUAAAACAGCAUCAUGCGAGUCUUCUGAAAAAGCUUCCAGAAAUCAAAGACAGUUGCGAACAUUGCACCCUUGAGAAACUUCUUCCAUUUCAUCUCUAUGAAAAGAAAGCAUGCCCAAGUCAAUCAAAGAGAAAAUGUUUCUGCUCAAAGAAAGCAGGACGACAACUUUGCCCAAACGACGGAUUCUGCAGCAAGUUUUUUGAUUUAAUUGUAUUGGAGCAUCGAUUCAGAGACCCUCUUUGGAAAAAUACUGAUCCGAGAAAAUGGAAAGAUUGUCCUUGGAGUGUAGCUGUUUGCUUCAUUAACACACAGGGAUAUCAUGAUAAAGGAACUGCCGAUGAUACAGAUUGUCGCGGCUUACUUAGCAUCAUUAUAAACAACCUCAAGUUUGAAACAGAACUUCAGGAAAUCACAAUUAAUGGUGUAAAUGACAUAUUUAAGAAGGCCAGGGAUCUUGCCAAUUUGGUACACCAUAGCUCCAACUAUGAGAUUACUGACGAAACUACUCAAUCCUGCAUGGAGCUAGUGAAGUCAAUCUUACAAAUUCAAUCAAUAAAUGUUGCAGAUUUGCUGCAGAAGAAUGAAUCCAUUUUAUCCAGUAGCGAAGGAGAUCUAGCUGACCAGCUUCCUACUGAUACAGAGAGCAAGGAAGGAAGUGUGACAGGAACGGGGUUGAUCUGUUCUACAGAUGCAAUAAAUGCCAUGAAGGAAGAUGUGGAAGGUGUGCAAAUGUCCCCGCCGGGUGCUGUACACCAGGAUUGCUGUGUCAGAUCAAAUCCGGAUGAUGUGACAGACCCCCAGAUAACGGACGUUUCCCAGCAUAUGACUGGUGCCAUGAAGGAAGAUGUGGAGGCUCUGCCAAUAUCUAAGCCGCAUGCUGUACAACAGGCUUGCAGCGUCAGAUCUAAUCCAGAUGAGGUGCCAGAGCCCCAGAUAAUGGAAGCUUCUCAGCGUAUGUCUGAUGCCAUGCAGGAAGAUGUGGAGGCUGUGCAAAUAUCCCUGCCGGGUGCUGUACACCAGGAUUGCAGUGUCAGAUCAAAUCCGGAUGAUGUGACAGACCCCCAGAUAACGGACGUUUCCCAGCAUAUGACUGGUGCCAUGAAGGAAGAUGCUGAGGCUCUGCCAAUAUCCCAGCGGCAUGCUGUACACCAGGCUUGCAGCGUCAGAUCUAAUCCAGAAGAGGUGCCAGAGCCCAAGAUAAUGGAAGCUUCUCAGCGUAUGUCUGGUAAGUACUUUACCUUAGCACUUGCUACUUAUGUACCUCUGUUUGAUUACACUGAAGCUUAUUUGCUGAAGGUUUGUUUGAAGGUCGGUUUGGUGAAGUCAUACCCCACACAGAAUCACCGUGUCCGUCCGUAGACACACUUUUGUCCG